AUGGUGACUACGAGGCGGGAAGUAAGUAAUAGAAAACCAUGGCGUGGGAUUUUGCUCUUCGGCCCUCCAGGAACUGGCAAAUCUUAUAUUGCGAAAGCGGUUGCUACAGAAGCGAACAAUUCAACAUUUUUCUCGGUGUCAUCAUCGGAUCUAAUGUCAAAAUGGCUAGGCGAGUCGGAAAGACUGGUGAAGCAAUUGUUCGAGAUGGCUCGGGAACAUAAACCAUCGAUAAUAUUUAUCGAUGAGAUUGAUUCGUUAUGCUCUUCACGUUCCGAUACGGAAAGUGAAUCGGCCCGACGUAUAAAAACCGAAUUUCUAGUUCAAAUGCAAGGAGUUGGCAAUGACAUGGAGGGUAUCUUAGUACUUGGUGCUACUAAUAUCCCGUGGGUAUUAGAUGCUGCUAUUCGACGACGAUUCGAGAAACGAAUUUAUAUCCCACUACCAGAAACAAAUGCUAGAAAAGAUAUGUUUAAAUUACAUAUCGGGAAGAAUACGCCACAUUCAUUAACAGAACAAGAUUUUAAGACUCUUGCAGAAAAAACGGAAGGAUUUUCUGGAUACGAUAUUUCGAUUGUUGUACGAGAGGCUCUAAUGCAACCUAUUCGUAAAGUACAAACAGCUACGCAUUUCAAGCAUGUUUCUGGACCAUCACCCUCGAACUGUAAUGUUAUUGUACAUGAUUUGCUAACUCCCUGCUCUCCUGGUGAUCCAGGUGCUAUGACAAUGUCCUUUAUAGACGUACCCGCCGACAAAUUAGCUGAACCAAUUCUUUUAAUGAGCGAUAUGCUGCGGUCAUUAAUGAACACGAAACCAACAGUAAAUAAGGCAGAUUUGGAUAAACUGAUGCAAUUUACGAAAGAUUUUGGUCAAGAAGGAUAA